AUGGCGGCGGAUAAGUUGCGGGAUUUGAGCCAGCCGAUGGAUGUCGCGCUCCUGGAUGCUACUGUGGCGGCUUUCUAUGGGACGGGAUCUAAGGAGGAGAGAGCUGCUGCCGACCAUGUUUUGCGAGAUUUACAAAAUAAUCCAGAUAUGUGGCUUCAAGUGGUUCACAUUUUAUCCAAUACACAGAACUUAAAUACCAAAUUUUUUGCCCUACAGGUUCUAGAAGGUGUUAUUAAGUACAGAUGGAAUGCUUUACCUGUUGAACAACGAGAUGGAAUGAAGAACUAUAUAUCUGAAGUUAUUGUUAAGCUUUCAAGUGAUGAGAUCUCCUUUAGGCGAGAGAGGCUGUAUGUGAAUAAGUUGAACAUUAUACUGGUUCAGAUUUUGAAGCACGAGUGGCCUGCCCGGUGGCGAAGUUUCAUUCCAGAUUUGGUUGCAGCAGCAAAAUCAAGUGAAACCAUUUGCGAAAAUUGCAUGGCAAUACUAAAACUCUUAAGUGAGGAGGUCUUCGACUUCUCGAGGGGUGAGAUGACCCAACAGAAAAUCAAAGAGUUAAAGCAAUCAUUGAACAGUGAGUUCCAGCUUAUUCAUGAGCUAUGUUUAUAUGUAUUGUCAGCAUCUCAAAGAGCCGAGCUUAUCAGGGCUACCCUCGCCACAUUACAUGCUUUCCUUUCCUGGAUUCCUCUAGGCUAUAUAUUUGAAUCACCGCUGCUUGAAACGCUGUUGAAGUUUUUCCAUGUACCGGCUUAUCGCAAUCUGACUCUUCAAUGUCUGACAGAGGUUGCCGCUCUUAGUUUUGGGGACUUCUAUAACGUGCAGUAUGUCAAAAUGUAUACUAUAUUUAUCAUGCAAUUGCAGACGAUCCUGCCACCCACAACCAACCUUGUAGAGGCUUAUGCAAAUGGGACUAGCGAGGAGCAGGCAUUUAUUCAAAAUUUGGCGUUGUUUUUCGCAUCAUUUUUCAAGUCUCACAUACGAAUAUUAGAAUCUUCACAAGAAAACAUAAAUGCACUGUUAAUAGGCCUGGAAUAUCUCAUCAACAUAUCUUAUGUGGAUGAUACUGAAGUUUUCAAGGUUUGCUUGGACUAUUGGAACUCCUUAGUCUUGGAGCUAUUCCAAGCUCACCAUAAUCUGGACAACCCUGCAGCAAGUGCGAACAUGAUGGGAUUGCAGGUGCCGUUGCUGGUGGGUAUGGUUGAUGGCCUAGGUUCACAACUCAUGCAGAGGCGUCAACUUUAUGCUGGUCCGAUGUCAAAGUUGAGAUUACUGAUGAUCUGCCGGAUGGCAAAACCUGAAGAAGUUCUUAUUGUCGAAGACGAAAAUGGAAAUAUAGUUCGUGAAACAAUGAAGGACAAUGACGUGCUUGUGCAAUAUAAGAUUAUGAGGGAAACACUGAUCUACUUGGCACAUCUAGAUCAUGAAGACACUGAAAAACAGAUGUUGAGGAAAUUGAGUAAACAACUAAAUGGAGAAGAUUGGACCUGGAACAACCUCAAUACUUUGUGUUGGGCCAUUGGAUCUAUUUCUGGGUCGAUGGUGGAGGAGCAGGAAAACAGAUUCUUGGUGAUGGUCAUUCGGGACUUGUUGAACCUUUGUGAAAUCACCAAAGGAAAGGAUAAUAAAGCUGUCAUUGCCAGUAAUAUAAUGUAUGUGGUUGGUCAAUACCCAAGAUUUCUGAGAGCUCAUUGGAAGUUUUUGAAAACUGUCGUGAACAAAUUGUUUGAGUUCAUGCAUGAAACUCAUCCAGGAGUUCAGGAUAUGGCUUGUGAUACAUUCUUGAAAAUAGUUCAGAAGUGCAAGCGCAAAUUUGUCAUUAUGCAGGUUGGAGAAAAUGAGCCGUUUGUAUCAGAACUUUUGACAACUCUUCCGUCAACUAUAGCAGAUCUUGAGCCUCAUCAAAUCCACUCCUUCUAUGAAUCUGUGGGCAAUAUGAUUCAGGCAGAAUCUGAUCCUCAUAGGAGAGAUGAAUAUCUCCAGAGAUUAAUGGAGCUGCCAAAUCAGAAAUGGACUGAAAUUAUUGGGCAGGCGCGUCAAAGUGUGGAUUUCUUAAAAGAUCAGGAUGUGAUUAGGGCAGUGCUUAAUAUAUUGCAGACAAAUACUAGUGUUGCCAGCUCUCUUGGGACAUAUUUCUUGCCACAGAUCACUCUUAUCUUUUUGGAUAUGCUCAAUGUUUACAGAAUGUAUAGUGAACUUAUAUCUACCAGUAUUGCUCAAGGAGGACCCUAUGCUUCCAGAUCAUCUGUCGUGAAACUUUUGCGCUCAGUCAAGAGGGAAACACUGAAGCUUAUCGAGACAUUUUUAGACAAAGCUGAAGAUCAACCUCAUAUAGGAAAGCAAUUUGUGCCUCCAAUGAUGGACCCUGUUCUGGGGGACUAUGCGCGGAAUCUGCCUGAUGCACGAGAGUCUGAAGUUCUCUCACUUUUUGCCACAAUAAUAAAUAAGUAUAAGCGGGCAAUGAUUGAAGAUGUUCCUCGAAUCUUUGAAGCUGUUUUUCAGUGCACUCUGGAGAUGAUAACUAAGAAUUUUGAAGACUAUCCCGAGCAUCGACUCAAGUUUUUUUCACUACUUCGAGCCAUCGCAACCCAUUGUUUUCCAGCUUUGAUCCACUUGUCCAGUGAGCAACUGAAACUCGUCAUGGACUCGAUCAUUUGGGCCUUCCGCCACACUGAACGGAACAUUGCGGAAACUGGACUCAAUCUUUUAUUAGAGAUGAUGAAAAAUUUUCAGGUGUCUGAGUUUUGCAAUCAGUUUUACAGGACAUAUUUUUUAACAAUAGAGCAAGAAAUCUUUGCUGUUUUAACAGACACCUUCCAUAAGCCUGGGUUCAAGUUACAUGUCCUCGUACUUCAGCAUUUGUUCAUCCUGGUGGAAACUAAUGUGUUGACCGAGCCCCUGUGGGAUGUUGCCACUGUAACUUAUCAAUAUCCAAAUAAUGCCAUGUUUGUCCGUGAGUAUACCAUCAAACUUUUGAGUACAUCCUUCCCCAACAUGACAGCAGCUGAGGUGACACAAUUUGUGUCUGGUCUUUUUGAGUCGAGGACUGAUCUUCCCUCGUUCAAAAACCAUAUUAGAGACUUUCUAGUGCAGUCCAAAGAAUUUUCAGCUCAGGACAAUAAGGAUCUUUAUGCCGAGGAGGCUGCUGUUCAAAGAGAAAAGGAGCGGCAAAGGAUGUUGACAAUCCCUGGACUAAUUGCUCCCAACGAGAUACAAGACGAGAUGGUCGACUCAUAA